GCUCAGAGCCACGCCCUCUUUUAUUGUAAUAAAAGCUGUGGCGGAGAGCCUUGAAACAGAGAGGAGCAGGGAGCUUUGACACCGCUGUCUCUCUGUGCAGGAUGAUGAGAGCCUCAUGCCUCCUCCUCCUCCUCUUCCUGGGUCCGAGCCAAGGCCACGCCCACACUGCCACCACAGCCCCACUCCCCAACAUCGUCCUGCUCCUGGCCGAUGACCUCGGCAUUGGUGACCUCGGCUGCUAUGGCAACAGGACGCUCAGAACCCCAAACAUUGACCAGCUGGCACGUGAUGGCGUGAAACUGACCCAGCACUUGGCUGCCGCCCCACUGUGCACACCAAGCCGUGCAGCCUUUCUGACUGGACGCUACCCGGUGCGCUCGGGCAUGGCUACGCGGUCGCGGGUGGGUGUCUUCCUGUUCCCAGCUUCAUCUGGGGGUCUCCCGGCCACCGAGGUCACAUUCGCCAGGCUAGCCAAGGCCCGCGGCUACACCACAGCGCUUGUCGGGAAGUGGCACCUGGGCCUGAGCUGCUGGCACCCGCGUGACUUCUGCCACCACCCGCGGGUCCAUGGCUUCGACCAGUUCUUCGGGCUCCCGGCCACCAACCUGCGGGACUGCAAGCCAGGGGCUGGCACAGUGUUUGAGGGUGCCGUGCGCUGGAUCGUGGUGGUCCCUGUGCAGGCCCUGGGCGCCGCUGCCCUGACCCUGGCCGCGCUGCGCUGCCUCGGCCUGGCCCGGCCACCGCCUGCCGCCUUCCUGGGCCUCCUGCUGCCCGUGGCCAUCUUGCUGGGUGGCCACUUCCUGUUCCGGCACUACUUCCGGCCACUCCACUGCUUCCUCAUGCGCGACUUUGAAGUGGCCCAGCAGCCUCUGGACUAUGAGAACCUCACGCAGAGGCUCACAGAGGAGGCCGCGGGGUUCAUACGGCGGAACUUCCAGAAGCCCUUUCUGCUGCUGCUGUCCUAUAUCCACGUGCACACAGCACUGUUCGCCUCCCCAGAGUUCACCCACAGGAGCUGGCAUGGGGCUUACGGGGACGCCGUGGAGGAGUUGGACUGGAGCGUGGGCCAGAUCCUGCAGGUCCUGGACGAGCUGGGCCUGGCCAGCCGCACCAUCGUCUACUUCUCGUCUGACCAGGGCGCCCACGUGGAGGAGGUGACGGCCACGGGCGAGGUCCACGGGGGCAGCAAUGGCAUCUACAGGGGUGGCAAAGCCAACAACUGGGAGGGCGGCAUCUGGGUGCCGGGGAUCCUGCACUGGCCUGGGGUCAUCCCUGCCGGACUCGAGGUGGAUGCGGCCACCAGCAACAUGGACAUCUUCCCCACCGUGGCCGGGCUCACAGGGGCGCCACUGCCCCACGACAGGGUGAUUGAUGGGUGGGACCUGAUGCCCCUCCUCCGAGGGCAGAGCCAGCGGUCGGCCCACGAGUUCCUGUUCCACUACUGCAACGCCUACCUGCAGGCUGUGCGCUGGCUGCCACGCAACAGCUCAGCCGUGUUCAAGGCCUUCUUCUUCACGCCCAAGUUUCACCCGGCCGGCGCCAACGGCUGCUUCCCCACCCACGUGUGCCUGUGCCAGGGUCCCACCCACGUGAUGAACCACGACCCACCCCUGCUCUUCAACCUGGCCCGCGACCCUGGUGAGGCCAUGCCCCUCAUGCCGCACACCGAGCCGCGCCACCAGGCAAUCCUGGAGGCCAUCCUGGAGGCGGUGGCAGAGCACCGGAGCUCUGUGUCCCCCAAUGUCCCCAACCAGCUGGCCCCGGGCCAUGUGGUCUGGAAGCCAUGGCUGCAGAUUUGGGCAGCUGGGGCCUCAGGGCUGUAG